GAGCUUUAAUGAAUAAACAAAGGAAUUUGGGCAGAUAAGUCGGUGUAAAAUAAAUACAAUAAAAUAUUUUUUUGUAGGGACCGCUACUCCUUCAUCGUGCAAAGAAGUUUAUGACAGAGGACUAAAAAAAGACGCAGCAUACAUUCUAAACAUGGAAAGCAGAAGCGUAGAGAUCUAUUGUUAUCUGACAGUGAUUGACGGCUGCGGCGAUGGGGGAUGGACGCUGGCCAUGAAAGCCGACGGUGCAAAGGCCACGUUCCUGUACGAGUCUUCUCUCUGGACCAACAAGCUCGCAUACAACCCCUCGGCCGGUCUGACGGGCUUCGAUAACCAAGAGACCAAGCUCCCAAGCUACUGGGCCACGCCCUUCACCAAGAUCUGCAUCGGGUUCAAGGUCGGGGCCACCCUUAAGUCCAUGAUCAUCCCCUACACGGCUACGUCAUUCUAUGACAUCAUCGCGGACGGCAACCAACGUGGGAUCACACCGAUCGGGAAGACCGCUUGGAGGGCACUUAUCGCAGGCUCGUCCAUGCAGGCAUACUGUAAUCGAGAAGGGUUUAACGUGGCUGGUGGUGUGCGUGUAGGGGUGAUCAGUAAUAAUGAAAACGACUGUCUAUCUCUUGAUAGCAUGGUGGGUAUCGGGGGAAGAUCUUGGCUUAGCAAUAGUGCUGGGAAUAGCUGUAAAUAUGUUUGUGACAAUGGCGACCUUAAUAUUGCAGCUAUAGGGUAUCUUUUCGUUCAAUGAGUCCUACCUAAAGUAUGGUUCAUGACUAGGAACCGUUGCUUAGAUUUUUUAGGGGCUUUGUCCCCUGCCCCACUGCUAAGUAUAAGUUAAAGGAUUUUAGCAGGAUUUCACAUCGGACAAACAAACACAGCAAGAGAGCAAAUGGGUUAGGUGUCCUUCGCAGUCUUUCUGUCCUCUGUCAUGCAAUACCUUUGAGCCCAAUUACUGAGCUCAAGCACGUUGCGUGACUGAGAACAGAACCACUUCGCAGGAGAUUAAUUUCAAGACCAAGCUGGGCGCUGAUGCAUAUAUACAUAUAAACUCUGAUAUAAGACUGGAGGCAACAUAUCGGUUAAAAUGUAUAAGAGCAAGCAAGGCAGAUCGGCCGCAGGAUCAGCGGUUACGAGUUUUAGCAAGGCAACCAAAUCAGUACCCUGUUUAGGACGGCCUUGCUUUAAAUUAUGUACCCUGUUCCCUGGGGGGGGGGGGGGACUCUCCAGAAAAGUAGACAGGAAUGCUCGACCUAUCUUUUAGGGUAUAAAAUUCUUACCAACUGCUAUCUCUUAGGGGAUGUAUUAGGAAUUUUUCCGAUUCUGCUAUCUUUUAGGGGUUUUCACGUCCGUAAACCACAAGUCAACUGAUCGGUUGUUCCUUCAGUUUUAUUGUCGGUAACAAAGAAUACAGGAUCCGUCGGCCAAUUAAAACGAGCAUUGUUUUUAAUGCUAUCUCUAAGGGUUAAAAAUGCCUUCGACCACACUCAAUGUGCUUUCUCUUUAGGGGUAAGAAUUGUUGUUGACCACGCCCUUAGUGCUAUCCCUUAGGGUUAAAAUUGAUUUUGCUGUCGAGCACCCCGUCUGUUUUUCUCGAAGUCAC